AUAAAAAUUAGUACAACUAAAAAAAUAGAAAAAAUUUACACACAACAUAGAAUUUAUUGAGAUUUUCUACUUUUCUUUGGAGUCACAAAUAUACAAACAAAAAAAAAACACCAAUAGAAAUCUAUGAACGGUGGUGAUAUGGGAGUGAGAAAUAGAUAUAGCGUGGAUUUAGCUUCACAGCAAUUACAACAGACCCAUCGAAAAUGUCAUCAUAGACAAUCGUAUAGAAAAGCAAAGGCAGCAGCAACAAAAGCACAACAAACACAAACAGCGAUAGCGACAACAAAAACUCUAGAACCACAAAUCAAAAAUGUACAAUAUCCACCAAAACAGCAAUAUUCAAUAAAUAAUAAAAAACAGCAACGAAAACAGCAACAGCAACAACUACAACACAAACUAUUUAAAAUCCAAAGUGGCCAACAGCAACAACACAUAGCACUAACAACAAAACAUAAAAGGGAAAAGGCCAAACAAAGGAAAUGCUUAAACACUACAAUUACAACUGUAGCUGCAGCUGCAACCGCAAACCACAAUUCAAUAGAGCCAUUAACACAGCAACAACAAAAACAAAAACCUACACAAUCCACAUCAUUACAAAGUUUGAGACAUUUGGCAAGUAGCAAACGUUUCAGCUUAAAACGUUUCUGGACUCUACUACUACUAAGUCUAACAUGUCUUUCCACAUGGAGUGGUUCAGCUGUAACAACAAUACAUCACCCGAAUAGGUCACUUUGGUUGCCCUCCGUAGCCUCUAUGGCCUCGUUAGCUUUAUCACAAACAUCUUUGGUUUUAGCAGCUGCAACAUAUGAGCCCGCCAUUCAGUAUCAUCACAGUGACAGCGAUGUGGAGGUGUCCGAUGGCAUGGCGGUUGAAGAUAUCGAUGUAAAUAGUAAUGAGCAACAAUUGUUGGCCUAUUAUAAGCAAGCUCAAAAGAAACAUGAACAAUUGAAAAGACAGCAACAGCAAGAGCAACAGCAGCAACAACAACGUCAUCAUCAUCAAGAACGUGAUAUCAAAAGGAACACAGUGGUGCUGUCACAACAAAUGGAUUUUAAUGACAUUUUACCCACAGCUGAUGUCAUCUCUACGCUAGACUCAUUGGAGGCGACAUCGAAGAAAAAAAGUACUGCCACUAAACGUAGCACCACAAAACAUGCUCCUCCGCCACCAACGCCUACAUCUGGUCCAAAGUCGUUGGCCACAACGGCUUCAACUACUACCACAACAACUACAACUGCCAGCAGUGAGGAGAAGUGUGAGCCAAAGAUUCUGGAUGAAGUGCCUGCUGAACCGUAUUAUGACUUCUCCGAUGUUGCCGAGGAUGCAGCUCGACAAUUUACCGACUUUUUGGCCAGUAAAUUCUCAACAAACCCACCUGCCGUUAUAUCAGAUCAAAUACGUGAUGAGGUCAGACGUAAGGCAAAUGGCAUUGCAACAUAUGCCCUCAAUGAAGAUGAACAUCUGUUGGCAUUUGCGUUGGCAGCACCCAGUAUACAUACAGUAGUGGUGAAAUUUCGAGAAAAUGUAACGAUACCUUUGGAUCAAGUUCACAAUCGCGGUUUUUUGGGUUCCUAUUGGCGUGAGUUGGGCUAUGCUUGGAACAGCAGCGAUGGCUCUCAAGAAUGGGGUGCACCAUUUCGAGACUGUAAUCUUCUAAUAGGUAGAUGGUUGUGGCCAUUUCGUAUAUCAUUUGCUGAAUCAAAAUUUAAAAUUGUGGCAGCAGCGUUUAUAGCAGCUGACGAAGAUGUGUGCAAUGAUGGCUUGGAACAAAUCUUUGGCCGCAAACAUGGUUGCGAUCGCAAUACAACAUUUUGUCUGCUGACCGAAAAUAAACCCGCUGCUACUCGUGAUGUUUAUACCUGUAUCUGCAAAGAAUCUUACUACUUGCCAAAUUCCACUUUGCAGGGCUUUCGUGGUGACAUUGUGGAAAUGUCUGAGGGUUAUGACAACUACUCCUGUAUACCUUGUCCAGCUGGUUGUUCGAAUUGUGAUUCAACUGGCGUUUGUUUAUAUGGUGAACCACAAGAAACCGUGUCUCUGGAAAGUCUACUGAAAGUAUCUGUGGGCUCUGUACUGGGUGCCUGUAUAUUGUGUUGUGUGGUAUUAAGUGUUAUUGUUUUCCAACAGAGGAAGUGUAAGGCCAUAGCAUCUGGUAUGUGGACAGUUUUGGAAACCAUAUUACUGGGAAUAGUUUUACUUUAUUCAUCGGUUGCCAUCCAUUUUUUCCCUGCCUCCACCGAACGUUGUCUUAUCGAACCGUGGUUACGUGAACUGGGCUUUAUUACUUGUUAUGGUGCCAUCAUACUUAAAUUAUAUCGGCAUUUGGUUGAUUUUCGUACACGCAAAGCUCAUCGUUGGGUGUUACGUGACGUUGAUUUGCUAAAAUACUUGGGCACCAUGGUGUUUGCCGUUGUCUGUUAUAUGUCUGCCUUCACCGCAUCGUCCUUAGAUCUAUUGGAGACAGCACAGCUGGAGAGUUUGCGUGAAGUAAAUACGAAUACGUGCCAACCACUUAAAUGGGAGUUUGUAACACAGGCCAGCGAAAUACUCAUACUAUGUUUUGGCCUGCAUUUAGCGUAUGGCAGUCGCAAUGCCAAUACACAAUUUAGGGAACGACAAUUCCUGGUAACCACCUUAAUAAUAGAGUUCAUAGUCUCUUUAACAUUUUAUAUAUUACGCUAUUUCUAUUUGCCUGCCAUGAGUCCAAGUGCCAUAUUUUUGGCACUAUUUCUGCGUUCUCAACUCACCAACACCAUUGCUUUGGGACUUAUAUUUGUACCCAAACUGUGGUAUCAGCACAAACAGGUCCGUUCUCUUGCCCAUGAUCUAUCAAUACGUUUACCUGUGGAUGCUUUCAAGGGUUCUCAUGAUGUUGGCCAACGUUUGGGUGGCGGUUAUGCUGGCCUCUGUCUGGGUGAUCCCGAUAUCGGUGAACUGACAAUAUCCGAAAUGAGUCCGGAAGAUAUAAGAGCUGAACUCAAAAGACUGUAUACCCAAUUAGAGAUAUUGAAAAACAAAACAUUACGUCAGGAUAAUCCACAUAUCAGCAAAAGACGUGGCGGACGUAAGGCGGGACACAGGCGUUUUUCACUGCAGAAAAAGGGAAGCAAGGACAAGGCUUUGAGUGCCAAACAUCGCAGUAAUAAACAUCAUCAGGAUAUGGAAAUAACAGAAGCGGAACCCUCUCGAACACCUGAGGACUCAGUAUGUAGCAAUGAAGGACCCACAGAUACUUAUGCCGAAAUAUCAGGUAUUUCACACUCUAUGCUGACGCAUUCAGCCGUCUCGCAUUCAAUAGUCUCACACUCCAAAUAAUCGCAAAGAAAACUACACUUUAAAUAAAAACUAAUUAAAAAAAACAACCAAUGUGUAAAUAUUUAAUGCCAUAAAACAUACAUACAUAUAUUAUUUUAUUAUAAAUAAUAAACUAAAAUAAAUAUUAGAAAUAUUUGUUGAAUAUAUAAAAAAUAUAAAAUAUAAAAACCAAAAUCUAUAAAAAGAAAAGAAAACCAUAAGCCAGAAUAAAUAAUUACUUUAUUUUAAACCAAAAUAAUUAAAAUAAAAAAACACACAAAAUAUUUAUAAACCAAAAAAAAAUUACAUAAAAUAAUUUGUACAAAAUUUGAUAUAAAACUGAUAUAAAAACAAACCAAAAAAAGAAAACUAAAUUUUUGUAUUGUAAAUUUAAGCAUGAAUGAUAUUAACGGCUAAAAGAGAGAAACAAAAAAAAACAACAUAAAUUGACAACACUAAAAACACCUAAACAAAAAACAGUUAAAAACCCACCUUUGAAUUUUGACAUAAUAACUGAAAAUAAUUACAAUACCAAUACGAUUACAUA